AUGGCUGCUGAGAACGAGGGCCGACGGGGUGCUGCUGACGUUCGGGCCGCCUGCUACAACUCGAAAAGGAGGUGCUGCGUCGCUCGGUCGGAGGAGCAGCAGACGGCGGAGAACGGCUCGCCGGAGGAGCUGCGGGGAGACUCGCGGAGGAGAGAUCGCUGCUGGGGUCGCCGAAGGAGCACCGGCGCUAGGCGGUCGUCGCCGGUUGCUGCUGGUCGCAGUUUGCGAGAGGAGGCUCGGCGGUGGUGGGCUGGACGCGACGGAGCUUCUGGCGAGAGAGAGAGAACGAGGGCUGAGGAAGAUGAUGGCGUGAGGAUGAUGAUGAGGGGGACUGAUGAUAAUGUUUGUGAGGAUAGCACAGAUGAGGAGUAUAUUAUAGAAGAAAGUUUUGAAUCAGAUGGUCUCGGUUUAGAUGAAAUAGAAAGUUGUCAAUUAGAUGCACUUGGUCAACUUAGUGGAGAAGAAUGGGACCAGUUUAUUGAUAAUUUUCAUGAGGACAGCACAGAUGAGGAGUAUGUUCCAGAAGAAGAAAGUUCAGAAUCAGAUGGACUUAAUUCCAGUGAAUUAGGAACUGAUGAUGAAGAAUACUUUGAAGCAAGGAGAAAAAGAGUUGAAUCCAAAAAAGUUGCAGAUGAAGAAACUGAAAAUUUCACAUUAUCUUCGGAAAAGGGAUUAUUCUGA